AGCACACGCGUGGUAUUGUAAAGGGUCGGCUGCUGCGUUAGUUCAGUGAAUCGGGCUCUCUAGGUUGCCAGUUUUCCUCUGCUGCAGUUGCGAGCUGUCUUUAUCCGUCUGUGUGCUUGCUAUGAAUUUUGCCUUGGGCCUAAAUAAUUAGUUAUCUGGUAGAUAUACAACACGGCCGUAUCGUCUUCAUAACACAACGUCAGGCUUUUAAAUUCGCUCGUCCUUACAGGAUUUGCUGAAGGCAGCAAAGCCUGCUAACUGCUGAGCUGAACUGUCAUUCAGCGCGGGUUAUGAUCGCGAGAUGUGCUUAACAAGCGCGAGACACUGAUAUCUAAAUAAUCUCAGAUUGCUCUUCAUGUGUAAUAAAUGAGUACAAGCAUUCAGACGAGCGUUGUGUUGAGUAACUUACGGCGAACGUGAGGAUCAUGCUGAUGUAAAAUGCGUUCAGUGUAACGUUACCUGAGCUUCAGUGCUAAGCUGUUGCCAGUGCGGUCACAUCGUGAUUUCACAGUCCCAUCCCCUCUCUGCAUCUCCGUACCCAGUGUGUCCCUCCAUAUAGUAUCUGCUUUAUUUGCGUUUUAACUGUUAAUUACGUUUUUGUCCGUUGAAUUUGGCGUUUUUAAAUGUAAAAGUCACGGUAGUGAGAUGCUAAUGAAUGCUAAUGUAGUUUCACCUCAUUAGAUGUCCUGCGUGUUUUUCAUUGGGUUGUUUUUAGGUUCACAUUUACGUUUUGUGUGUGUGUGUGUGUGUGUUUUGCGAUUUUAAAUCACCAAUUUUCAAUCAGCGGACGUUGUUCUCUUAUCAAAUGUGUCUCGGAUGUAUCAGACGUCUGCUACAAUUUACUCUGGUUAACCAUAGCUUCCGCCACAGUGUCGGCGCCAAUGCCUCCGCUUUGGAGAAAGAGAUCGGCUCGGAGCAGUUCCCUGUCAACGAGCAUUACUUCGGAUUGGUCAACUGUGUGUGUUCUGUGUUUCGAUCCACAGUUUGGAAACACCUGCUACUGUAACUCUGUGCUCCAGGCUCUGUACUUCUGCCGGCCGUUCCGGGAGAAGAUCCUCGCGUACAGGAGCCAGCCGCGUCGCAAGGAGAACCUGCUCACCUGCCUGGCCGACCUGUUCCACAGUAUAGCCAACCAGAAGAGGAAGGUCGGCGUGAUACCCCCGAAGAAGUUCAUCACGAGACUACGGAAAGAGAAUGAACUGUUUGAUAACUACAUGCAACAAGAUGCACAUGAGUUCCUCAACUACCUGCUGAACACAAUAGCAGACCUGCUGCAAGAAGAGCGCAAGCAAGACAAGCAGAAUGGCAAAUUGGCUAAUGGCACACUUGAUUCACAGAACAAUAACAGCACCCCGCCCUCCUCCACCUGGGUUCAUGAGAUCUUCCAGGGCACGUUGACCAAUGAGACACGAUGCCUCACCUGCGAGACGAUAAGCAGUAAAGAUGAGGAUUUCUUGGAUUUGUCAGUGGACGUGGAGCAGAACACUUCAAUCACACACUGUCUCAGAGGUUUCAGUAAUACAGAGACCUUGUGCAGUGAGUAUAAAUAUUACUGUGAGGAAUGCAGAAGUAAACAAGAGGCACACAAACGAAUGCGGGUUAAGAAACUCCCCAUGAUCCUCGCCUUGCACUUGAAGAGAUUUAAAUACAUGGAGCAGCUGCAGCGCUACACUAAGCUAAGCUACCGUGUGGUCUUCCCUCUGGAGCUCCGCCUCUUUAACACCUCUGGUGAUGCCACCAAUCCCGAGAGGCUUUACGACCUGGUCGCUGUGGUGGUGCAUUGUGGCAGCGGUCCGAACCGAGGACACUACAUCGCAAUUGUAAAGAGUCAUGAUUUCUGGCUACUGUUUGAUGAUGACAUAGUAGAGAAAAUUGAUGCCCAGGCGAUUGAGGAGUUCUACGGAUUAACCUCGGAAAUUUCCAAGAACUCUGAGUCCGGGUACAUCCUGUUUUACCAGUCCAGAGACUGAGAGAGGCCGGAGUGGCGUCCCCUUAUGGGACAGCUGUGCAGCAGGCGUGCCUGUACCUAGAACCCUGCUACAUCCCACCUGCGCAGGUUCUUACUGCAGCGACGCCGCACACACACCCCACCACACCGUCCAAGCCCACCCUCGCCGGUCUCCACGCAGCAGUAACGUUGGAUGCAAUGCAGUCGCAAGGCCUUUUGAACGUUGUUUGUCAGUUGUAUUUACGUUGUGGGAGCAUUUCAUCACUCGUGUUCAGUCCUUUACUGUGGAGAGAAUGUCUUUAAUGUAACAGACUGUAUGAUACGACCGGGAUUUGCAUUCAACUUUCAUGCUGCGACCUUUUGAUUCCUGUGGCUGUGAGGAGGCUGAAGACUAGUGCAUGGGGAAAGCAGGUGUGUUUAUUAUAAUGGCGGGGAGGGUCUAAACGCUCCGGGUGCGGGGCAUUGCGGGUUAUGUAUUUCUACCUUGUACAGAGUGAUAUUUGUAUAAAUAUUAAGAGAAUUAUAAUAAUAUUACUGAUAUAGCCAAAAAAAGAGGAUAGAACCAGAAAAGAUGUAUAACACUAUGGUGCACUUUUGAUACAGUUUUGUAGAUGUCGGAAGGUUAAUGUAAGGGUUUGCUUGAGAUGGCCUGUUGUGAAAUUAUCAUUUUCUGUUUUAAAGAAAAAGAAAUAAAAGUGUAUACACCAAGA